UGAAAGUUUUCGAAAAGGCGGAGUCGCGUUAGUGAAAAAAAAGGAGAAAGACUCUCGUAACCGAUCCGCGACACUUCUUCAAUUAUUCACACGGCUGGCCCGACGCCGCGGACCGCCCCGCCGACCCGCUCAGCUCGCUUUCGUUGUCUUUUGGGAAAAGCGUUGAGUGUUUUCAGCGGUUGUAAACAGGUCGCGUGAUAUGGCCCCUCCACGCUGCGUUCCUCAGAUGGAGAUCUGAAGAAGGAAGGUUGGACUGCAGAUCACGGACCUGACGCCCCUGAUUCCGGUUUAAGUUGGAGACAACAUGGACUCCUUCAGUACGAAGAGCCUGGCCCUGCAGGCCCAGAAGAAGCUCAUGAGCAAGAUGGCGACCAAGACGGUGGCCAACCUCUUCAUCGACGACACCAGCAGCGAAGUCUUGGACGAGCUGUACCGCGUGACCAAAGAGUACACCCGCAACCGCAAGGAGGCGCAGAAGAUCAUCAAGAACCUAAUCAAGAUGGUGGUGAAGCUGGGCGUCCUGUACCGCAACGGGCAGUUCAACAACGAGGAGCUGGCCCUGGUGGAGCGCUUCCGCAAGAAGGUGCACACCCUGGCCAUGACCGCGGUCAGCUUCCACCAGAUCGACUUCACCUUCGACCGGAGGGUCAUGAGUGGCCUCCUGAACGACUGCAGGGAGCUUCUGCACCAGGCCAUUAAUCGCCACCUGACAGCCAAGUCCCACGCACGCAUCAACCACGUCUUCAAUCACUUCUCUGACUGUGACUUUCUGGCUGCGCUGUACAGCCCCUCCGAGGUCUACCGGGCCCACCUGCAGAGAAUCUGCGACGGGGUCAACAAGAUGCUGGACGAAGGCAACCUUUGACACCAUGUUUUGGCCUCCUGGAGCUCCUGCGUUGUCCAUUUGUUCUUUUAUUGUUUUUGUUUUUACUUUGUAUGUGAACAUUUUUCCAUUAUUUCUGUUGUUUCUGUUUAACCACAGUCCACUAAAGGCAUGUUUAAGCUGUUUCUGGCCGAGUGCGCUUCUCGUGGGAGGACCCCAACGCGAACAGCUGCCCCAAGUGGCCUUUCCGUGACAAUGCACCACCCUCAUGUUUUCGUGCUGAAACCGUUCAAGGAAGAGCGUGACUCAUAUUUUAAACACCCGCUCCUGUAUGGCUGGAUUAUUCAGGGUUGCAGAUUGUUUAAACUAUGAAAGGAGAUGCUGAGGGGCCAGAUGGACUUGCUUUCCCCAUAUUUCUCGAUGAGUGGAAUCAUAUAAUCGAGCAUUUUAAUGCACUAUAGUGAUUAAUGAAGGAGAUUUUUUUUUUUUGUUUCAUCUCUUACAUGGGGAUUAAGGUUUACAUUGUACCCUUUCAUGUUUUUGAUUAAGAAAAUAUCAUGCCAGCUUAGAAUGAUUGUAGCUGGUGAUCAAAGGACCAAUGUACACAAUCUCUGCAAACGUUUUUCAUCUUUUUAUGUUUUAAUGCCCGCGUGAGUCAUAGUGGACCGCUGAGGAGAAGAAGUGAACCGAGAAGGUUUUUAAUGUGCGUAACAAACCGGCCGCUGGUGUCUGAAAGCGGUCCAGGCCUGUUUUAGUUUUAUUGCACAAUAUUUAUCACAAUAUCUCCUUUUCCGACACUGAUACUGCAGAAGGCUGCAAUAUGCAAAUGAGCCUCUAACAAAUCACUAUUUUUUUUUCCCUCUUAUUCUGUGCUGUGAACAUCCUGAGCAACUUCCUGCGAUCUAACGUUUCGUCAACAGUGCAGGCCGGUCGUUCACCAUGUAUAUUUCCCCAUUAAUAUAUUGCAAGGCUGUAUUAUUGCAGUAUAUCGUGCAGCUCUGCUCAGUAGUUUUAUGAUGUUUUACCACCUUCUUGUGACGGAUUCACUUCGCAGUCUUUUGCCCCGAUGCAGUUCCUGAUCGGGAAUGAAGGAGUAUAUGAGCAUAUUUCACUGUACUUUUAUUUUCUAAUUAUUUGCUGUUUUUAAAAUGUUUAUUUUUAUGGCCGUGCCCCCCGACUUGUGCGCUGUCCUUUUGUUUUGCUGUGAAUGUGCAACAGCUGAUUUCUUUCCCAUCUCUGCCAUUCACACACUGUAAAGCAGCUCUGCCAAAGAGAGGAAAAAGCAAAAAAAAGCUUGGUUUUAUUUUUGACAGCAGGGCCUGUGCUCAGGAAGAAGCACAGUAGGAGUGCUGCUCUUGGGUUAAACUUCCUUCUGUCCUGUUCGAUCUUCGCUGUGUGCUGGAGCACAGCCCCCAAGCACAAUCAGCACUUCCUCUGAAGCAUUUAACGAUACGCAGCAUAAGAAGUGACCCAUCUAUGCUCCGUGUUCUUUUGUAGUAACAGUUGUGAGGUUGGACAAGCUUUAAACAAUGCUGGCCAGAAAAAAGUAGCGCAGCGAUGGGAGUCCUAGCAGCCUCACUAACGCUUUAGAAAACAUAUCGCAGCUGUCGGAAACAAAAUCUUCUAUCUCCUUUUUUUUGACCGUUUGAAAAUGCCUGUUGCCCGUUUAGGCUGUGUGUAAAUUUCAUUGCGAUUGGACCAAAGUAUCUUGGAAAAAAGUUUCCGUUGAUGUACGUUUUGAAAGUAGACUUUCCUUCUCCUGUGAAGUUUAUCCUUUUGGAGACGCGAGCCUUUUCGCUCUGGCAGCAGCGAUAUCCGCGUCGGACUCUUUAGAUUGGACCGAUAUCACAAACUCCUAGUUGAUGACCUGUUUACAGAACUUUGGAAGGGCGAGAUGUUUAGGUGACGGUGGACUGCUAAACUGUAUUUUAUUCGUUUUACUGAAUUUUAGCCCUCCAGAAAUACAUGUUAUGCUAAUCCAAGAAAAUGUAAGCCCAAUUUAUACAUUUUCCACAUAGACACGCAUCACUGCUGUCAGAAAACCUCGUAUUUCCAUUUUUUUUGUCGUUUUUCAGAUUUAGACAGUUUAGAAAUGCCUGUUCUCUUUACAGCGUCUGGAAAUUUCAUGAUGAGUAGACCAAAAGAACCGAACCGGCCCCAAAUGACUUGGAAAAGUCGUUUUUUUUUUUUCUUCUCCUGUGAUGUUAUAAUUUUGGAUAUACAAGGUUUUCUUCCGACAACAGCGAUUAUAUCGGCAUUAGUAGCGGCAUACAUGCGUGAAAAAUACUGGAUAUUGCCGCCAGCCCACUGUCAGUGCAUGCCUAGUUGUGAGGUUGGACAAGCUUUGCAGAACCCAUUCAGCCUAAUGAGCUUGGUAUUGAUGCACAAUGUCAUUGGAAUCAUAUUGAUAAUAUCUAUUAUUUUUUAAUCUUUUUUACUGUAUUUAUGGUGCUACAUAAAUGGCAAAUUUCUCUGAAAUGCUAAUCUUGUCCCAAUUUUAACAUUGUUUUUACAUUGUAAUCGGCAGAUAUGCACAUGAAAAAUAUCGGAUGUUGGAUAUCGUAACCGGCCACAGUCCCAGAAUCGACGCAUCCCUAGAAAAUGCUAUGCUUCUGACUUGCACUGUGUUGCUAUAGCUGUUUGACACUAGUCAGGUUGGAAAAGUGUGCCCCCAUGCUCUGACGCCGGCUUCAGUACAUGAUACGAAACGAUUCCAAACAUGAUUUGAAAUCAAGAAAUUUACAUAUUUGGAGUCGUGUGCAACAAGCUUGACCAAUCCCGCAGCUGCAGCUAUGAAAGAAUGAUGUGGGCGGAGCAUGGCUAGAUCACUCGAUUAGUUUUGAACAAUUGAAACAAACGUUAGUUGCUGUGAUGAAUUGAGAUGGAGUAGCUUGUAUGCCUAUUGUACCCCUUUGUUUUAAAAGCUGGGUGCAGUGGUCCUCAGACUCCUCAGGGACCCCUAGACAGUCCAAAUCUUCCCUCCACCAUAGGCAUAGGGCAAAAAUGCCAACCGACUGAAGUGAAGCCACUUGAUUUAUCGAGGCAGCAUGAGUGUUUGUUUUGAUUGUGUUAUCAUUGCCUGGUGUAUCUGUAACCAAAUAUUACCAAAGGUAAACAAACGAUUUGCAGCAUGCGUGCACUUGCCAGCGCUCCUUUAGUGUUCCUCGUUUUUUAUGCAUGUGUAAAAGUCUUCUGAAUGUAUCCCAGGCUGUUGUGGCCAGCUGGCUGUGACAGUAAAGCUCACUAAUAAAGGAUCAUGAAGCCAAGCGGGCCUGAAGGAGACGCUUCAGAACCGAACAGAA